AUGAUACGACACCCUUUUAUAAUUAUUUUUUUUUGUUUUCCUCUCCACCUUUUUGUUUUCUCGCCUCUCUCAUCAUAUAUUUCUUGCCUUCACACAUUUUUCUCAUGGCUGUUUUUUUUUCCAUUUACGAUUUCUUUUGUUUUUUGUUGUUUUUGUUGUUUGUUAUUAUUCUUUCUUUCUUUACUUUGUUUUUUGUUUUUCGAAGUUUUUUUUUCUUUUUUCCCUUUGUUUUUUUUAAAAUUCCUACAUAUUAUGGGUAUCUUCGGUUUCUAUUUAUGUUUCCUUUUUUUUUUUAUCAUUUUUAUUAUUACUUUAAAUUUUGUUUAUUACUGUUUUUCUUUUGUUUGUUUUGUCACCUUCUGUUGCUCUCAUUAUUAUCAUUGUACACAACCGUCUCGUGUUGUUGUUGUUGUUUCCUUCUUUUUUUUUUCGUGUGCUGUAGUUAAAGAGAUUCAAUCGAGAAAAAAAAGAAUAAUAACAAUAAUAAAAAGGAUAGAGCAACGUGAGAAGGAAAGAGAACGUCAAAAUAGGUGA